UGCUUUGUCUUUCCACAGGGGAGCCUCUGGUUGUCGAGGCCAUGAAGAGUUUUGCUGAGCUCACCGAUCAAGCAAGGAUGGCUCUACAGGACAGAGACUGGAGGCGUCUGGCUCAACUGAUGGACCAGAACUUUGAGCUGCGGAAGUCUGUGUACACUAAUGACUGUCUGGGUCCGGGGAACCUGAAGAUGGUUCAGCUGGCGAGGCAGUUUGGAUCGGCGGUGAAGUUACCCGGCAGUGGGGGGGCCGUGGUGGGUCUGUGUCUGGAUGAAGAGAAACUGGUAAGACUACAUUAUCUGAGAUUGAAGCCUCAUAUCUAUUUUCUUCAUCUUGGUUCCCUUUGUAAUCCAUUAUAUAUGAGUAAUUUAAAACCUUUAUUGACACUACAGAAAAAAGCAGUGAGCAUUUUGCAUAAUGCACAUCCCGAGAACACACAAAUUAACUGUUUAUUGAGUCGAGGCUGUUAAAAUGUAAAGAUUGAAUUGAAUUGAAUUACAGACUUCUUUAGUUAUGCAUUAAGCAAAAAAUACCAUACUGCCAGAAAAUAUACAAAACAAAUUUGUUUUAACUUCAGAGGAUGAACAACUUGGAUGGAAAUGUAACUUUUUGCACAGACUACCUUAAAGCAGCUGUGUAUCUCUGUAGUUGGCGUUAAACUGUGGAAUUCAUUACCAAAUUAUUUAAAG